AUGACAUCCCCCCCUCCCAUUCCCGACCCUACCUUCCGCACCUACUCAUCGACGCAAGCCCAAGCCUACGCCUCGCACCGCACAUCCUACGAGCCCGCGCUCUACAAGACGAUAAGCGACUUCCACGCCGCUAACGGCGGGCACUUUGGAACCGUCGUUGACUGUGGAUGCGGACCCGGAAACGCAACGCGUGACCUCGCGUUGAUGUUCGAUCGCGCGCUUGGUACGGAUGCGGGGGCUGCGAUGAUCGAUGCGGCGAGGGAGAAGGGCGGGAAGACUAAGAAGGGGUCGGAUAUUAGGUGGGAGGUCGUUCCGGCGGAGCGGUUUUCGCAUGUUGAGGGGUUGGAGGCUGGGUCUGUGGAUGUGGUGACGGUUGCUAUGGCUGUCCAUUGGUUCGACUUGAACAAAUUCUACUCGGAAGUAGCAAGAGUACUGAAGCCAGGUGGUACUAUGACUCUAUGGACCAUUGCUUCCGGCUUCCCACAUCCCGAUCAACCCAACGUAGCAAAGCUUUCGGAAAUCAUGCUGCAUUUCGAGCACGUCGUAGUCGGCAAGUACCAAAUGCCAGGCAAUUUACUGUCAAGGGAAAUGUAUGACAAGCUGCCCUUACCAUGGACUGUGUCGCCGCCAGUACCGAGAUUUUCCAAGGCAGACUACGUCAAGCUCGACUAUGACAGAGAUGGGGUUCUGAGCAAUGGCAAGACGUUCUUCUCCGGUAGUAAAGUAAGGAAACUCGCGGAAGUUGAGCAAGCCUUGGGUACGGCUUCGAUGGUGACGCGCUGGAGAGAAGCCCACCCUGAUCUCGUUGGGACAGAGCAAGACUGCGUGAAGGUGUUUGUUAAAGAUCUGCGUGAAGCUUUGGGAGGAAAGGAAGAAGUGGACAGUGGGGGUGCUACGACGAUUAUGCUGUUCAAGAAGGCAGUUUGA